ACCUGCUUCUCUACCAAUUGUUUUAAGACCACACCUUUCCCCUUUUAAUCUUCUGAAAUGAGCGACUCAAAGAAGCUUGAAAAUCUCAAAUCUUUGGAUGAGAUAAUCUAUCCAGAAAUCGAGCCUGGCAUAAUUAGCAAGCAAAUGAUUGACAAAGCUUAUCUAGAAGAUGGUAAGACAGGUGAAGCUGCGCGUCUUCAUCAAAUGGAGCCUGUGGUGUAUGAACGCAUUUCCAUACUAAGGUUGGAGUUUCAGA